AUGGCAGACGAACAACUUGUUGAGAAUAACAAGGCUACCACGGUCGCAAGUGGCCUAGGCGAGUCUCUGAAGCACGAUGCCAAUGGCAGUGCACAUACCGAAACUGAUGGUCCCGCGUCUAAGAGACAAAAGCUUGAUCAUGAAGAGACAAAACAGGAAGACCGGCGAACUCAAUCGAAGGACAGAACCCGAGGUAUUGCGCCCGUGAAAGCUGAAUAUCUUAUCUCUACUGAAGUUCAAGCUAAGGUCGUGGAUGAUGAUGCAGCAGAAGCUGGUAUAGCCACAAUUGAUUCUGUCAAUGGCAAACCUGAUCCUCGUGACAAUCACGGUAAAAAGGGAAAGAAUAGGAAAAAGCAAGGCGGUCAAAAUCAGAACCGCAAUUUUGGCAACCACGAAGAUGCAUUCCGCCUAUGUAACAGCAUUACCUACUCCGACGAAUUCUCACCUAAACCGUGUAAAUUUGGCGAAAGGUGUAACCUAUCUCAUGACCUACGCAAGUAUCUCAAAGAGGGUCGACGUGAGGACCUCGAUACUCUCGAUGGCAAAUGCCCUAUUUUUGAGAAGUAUGGUAGGUGUACUGCCGGAUGGAAGUGCCGUUUCGUAAAGAGCCACUCUAAGGAAGUCGAACGAGAAGACGGACGAAAAGAGCUUAUACUUCUCCGGAAUAGCGAUACUAUGGAAACUGAUGAAGAUCCUGAUCAACGACCGGGCGUGGUCAACGUCGUAUCUACCGAUACCAAAUGGGAUCUGGCCAGAAGAAAGGUCAAGUUCGAGAAGUCUGAGCCGUAUAUAAAAUGGCUAGAGAAGGAUACUGAGCUUAUGAGACAAGUACACAAUCAAGCCAAAAAGCAAGAGGGCAACAGUACAAAUGCUGAUAUCAGGGAAGAGCUCAGGGCUCAAUUCGUAGACCCGCCGCUUAAGCCAUCCGAGAAGAGGAAGAUUUACUUCGGGAGGGAAACUCCGGUAUUAGCACCCUUAACUACGCAAGGCAAUCUACCCUUCCGACGGCUAUGCGUCGAAUUGGGGGCUCAGAUUACAUAUUCGGAAAUGGCCAUGGGAAUGCCUCUCGUACAAGGACAGAAGGGCGAGUGGGCACUUAUGAAGGCACAUGAGUCGGAAACUGUAUCCCCACGAUUCACACCUAAGCCGGGCGCAAUCGUAAAGGAUUACGACAAUACGAAGGACCUCAAAUUCGGAGCCCAGAUUUCGGGUAAUCAACCAUGGGUGGCAAUGAAGGCAACUGAGGCCUUAACUCAAUUUCUUCCUCAUCUUCGAGUGGUAGAUUUGAACUGCGGAUGUCCCAUCGACAUGGUAUACGAGUCAGGUGCUGGCUCUGGACUUCUUGACACGCCUAGCAAGCUAGAGAAGAUGGUUCGGGGUAUGAAUGUCGUCUCUGGAGAAGUACCUAUUACAGCAAAGCUGCGAACGGGGGUACGGGACGGGAAGCCGACAGCAGACAGGUUAAUCGAAAGGCUUGCCUUUGGAGGCCCGGACACACGAGACAGACUUGGAGCACCCGGAUGCGCGGCCAUUACAUUGCACGGCCGAAGCAGACAGCAGCGAUAUACGAAAAGUGCCAACUGGUCUUACAUCGCCGAAUGUACUAGCCUAGUUAAGUCAUACAAAGCUAAGAAGGAUGAGAUAACGGACACGGCCAAAGAAGCGGAUGAGAGCACCCAGGCAAACACGGCCGGCGGCAAAGUCUACUUUAUCGGCAAUGGGGACUGUUAUUCACACGUAGACUAUUUUGAGCAUAUUGACAAGGCCAAUGUUGAUACUGUCAUGAUUGCGCGAGGCGCUAUGGUCAAACCGUGGUUAUUUGAGGAGAUCGAAAAGGGUCAAUAUCUGGAUAAGUCUGCGUCUGAGCGACUGGGCUAUAUAGAGAAGUUUGUCCGCUACGGACUGGAAGCAUGGGGAUCUGACGAGCUAGGCCUGGGCUUUACAAGGCGGUUCUUACUGGAGUGGUUGAGCUUCACGUACCGAUAUGUACCCAUUGGGGUCUUGGAAUACCUUCCCCCUAGCCUCAACGACAGGCCACCGCUAUACAAGGGACGGAACGAGCUUGAGACUCUUCUAGCAAGUGACAACUACAAGGACUGGAUCAAAAUUAGCGAGAUGUUCCUAGGCCCUGCUCAUCCGGAUUUCAAAUUUCAGCCCAAGCAUAAGUCUAACAGCUACGAGAUUGAGGCGGAAGGAUAG